AUGUCCUUCCUUGUCGUUCCCCUGGUCAAAUUCGGCCUCUCCAAAGCCAAAAAGCACCACGCAGCCAAAAAACAAGCAAAGCAAGCCGACCAAUUCCAGCAACCCGGCUACGCCCCCAACUACGGCCCCGAGCCCCCCAUCCAAAUGUCCAACUAUCCUCCCAACGUCGGACCCGGCGCAGACAUCCAGUACCCAACUAACGCCGAACCCAUUAGCAAGAGCACCAAGCUGAUGGGCAUGUUCGUCUCUGGCGUGCGGUUCCUGCAAUUCGUCUUUGGAUUGACCGUCAUUGGCCUAUAUGGCAAGGAUGUCCGUCAUGACCAUGAGGACGGACAUACAUGGCAUGCGAAAUGGGUAUUUGCCAUGAUAACGGCCUUUUUGGCGACCGGCACGGCUGCUAUGCAUAUAAUCCUGCCUUUCCUGACACGCCGUGUCAACCCUCCGCCUAACCCGAAGCUCAAAUUGCCCCAGUUUGUCUGGGAAUUUAUCCUGUGCAUCCUGUGGUUGACGCUGUUUGGAAUAUUUGGGAAGAUGUAUAUCGGCGUGUAUCCUUCCGCCACUAAGGACUCCGGGAAGCGGGAUACCGAUUCGACUUCAACUUCGACCUCGAGUUCCGAUUCGGGACUCGGUGAUGUGUCGAAGAUUAACCGGAUGCGCCAUGCUGUCUGGAUUGACCUGGUUAAUCUUAUGAUGUGGGUUGUUACCGCGUCGUGGGUGUUGCUGCGCUGGCUGAAGAGUCGACGGGCAGCGGAUGGUGCUGCGAUGGUGGAUGCUGAGAAGGCUGAGCAGAUUUGA